AUGGAGCAUCCAGUGGAAGAGAUAGGACAGGUCAUCCGCCUUCUUACCCAGUCUCCGCCAUCUUUGCAACAAAAAUGUUUGGAGAGAUUCUUUACUCAGGACGCCUCGUUCUACCAUCCAUUUUGCAUAGUUCCUAGCUUUGAAGGGAGCCGAUGGUAUGUACUCAAGAUCUUCCAAUGGUACAAAAUCAUGUCGCCCCGAAUUGAACUAGAGGUCCAUUCUAUCGGUAAGCCAUUACAGCCUAUACUUCAAACCCGUACUCCACUCACAAGAAAACGCUUAGCCUUUGAUGAGAAAAACCUCAAACUUUUUGUUCAAAUGUCCCAAGUGUUCUCAAUCUGGAUUGUACCAUUCCACGUCGCGCCAGUGACUCUUACAACGGUUCUCAACUUGACGACCGAAUCCAGCGAGAGCAAUCAGAACAAAUCACUAUAUUACAUCAAAAAGCAGGAGGAUCUCUACCAGACUUCAGAAUUUAUUAAAUUCUUGUUGCCUCACGUUGGACACUGGAUUGUUACCGCCUGGCACCUUUUUGCAACAUUCUUCUGUAUUAUUGGGGUUUAUGCUCUUUGGCCAAUGUUGUGGCUUGAGGAAAAUGGUUAUCUGCCUGCUCGAAUUGCACAAGGUAACCUUGCUUCUAACUUUGAUCGGGAGAUUGCGGAGAUUAAGCAGAAGUGA